UCGUAAGAAAAAUGAAUCAGUACUUCGACAUUUUGAACAACAUGGUAACUCCCUACAACCAGAAUCCUUUGCUAGUCGAUUCGCAACGCGGGUUGCUUAAAAUGCGUUUUAUUGCAAACAUUUCGCUAGAUUUCUCCAUUUUCUGCCGCUAAAUCAUCAUUCAUGGCCUUUAAGCUCUAGAACGCCUAAACAUGCGAGAUCCUGAACGUGAACAUUUCAUAGAGGUAAUAAAGAAUAAAGAUAGAAAAAUCGAACAGUUGAAAGAAAAGAUUACAGUAUAUAAAAACAAAAUAAAAGAGUUGAAUGAUCGAAAAGAUAGAGAAGAAGAAAUUAAAGAAGAAAUAGAAGAUAUCAAGGGAAAGAAAGAUCAGUUCGAAAAGGAAAUAAUCCAGCUUAAGAAUGAAAUAGAAGAAUUAAAGGAAGAGCUUAAAAAGAAGGAUGUGAGAAUGGAUUCGUUGGAAAGUACGAUCAAAGAAAACGAGAAACGUAACCGGAAACAAAUGGAAGACAUUAAAGAAGGCUACAAAACCGACAUGCGUGAAUUUGAGGGUAGGAAUGCGGCAAGAAUUCAAAAGCUAAAGGAAAGCCAUAAUGAAGAAAUGAAAAAAAUGGAAGAUUACCGUAUCGCAUACGAAAUGAAUGAAGACGAGAAUCAGAAAUUAAGAGAAGAAAAUAAAGAAUUGGAAGGUGACUCAAAAGACAUUAAAAAGCACAUUCGCAAUUAUGAAAUGGAUCUUAACAAGUUGAUAAUUGGACAAGUUUGUUUCGAGUUACCAACUAACCUAUACCGUUAUGUCAUGCCUAAACGUUGCUGUGCUAAAGACUGCUAUUAUAAGAUUAAGGAUAUAGAAAACGAUAUUGAUGAUGAAGAUUUGCUUAACGACGAAGAAAGAAUAGAAGCAGAGGAAAGAUUGGAAAAAUUAAAGAAAAAAAUCGAUUGGGCAAAGCUGAAAAAACUAAUAGGGGCCUUCAAGCUACUUCAAGAUCAAAGAAACCAAGUGGCUCAUCCACCCAAUGUGGACGAGAAGGGAGCGAAGCAUGCUGCACAGGAGUUAGACAAACAGGGUAAAUUAAAAGGAAAAACUUCAAUUGGAAGGGUUAAACAAAUUAUUGAGAUAUGGUCUGUUUCUAAAUCAUUGUUAGGUGAUCAAAAUUCCAACAACGUAGCUUAAGUAGAGUAAAAAUCAUUUUUCUUCCAAAUAUUUCCAUCACCUCGAGCCAAAUAUUUCCCGUACGGCCUUCCCGAUCAGUCAACAAGUACAUAUUAUCAUAUUAUUCAUAAUUCACUUUCAUCCAACUGAAAACUGCCGGUCAAAGAAGCGGAGCUUCAACCUCGGUAUGCAGCGCAGGCUACUUAAAAAAGAGUUUUUAAUAACAUAGAAUGAAACGAGUUACUGAGGCUGCGUUUACACGGUGCCGGACGAAGUUUUAGAAAUAUCUAAAAAAAUAUCAGUUACCUGUAUACAUACCCUUUACAAGGAAACAAAUCCCUGGGAGGAUAUGUAGCACGGUUUGUAUUUUUAGAUACAAGCAUCACUUAAUGCAAUGGUUAGUAAAUAUGUUUAAAUUUUCUUUUGUAAAAUUGUUUUUGACCAAAACUGACAAUAAAAUGAAUUUAUUAGA